AUGAAACCAUCCCAAGUCUCCUUCUUCCACACCUCGGCUGUUGCUCAGCUUGUUCGUCCAUGGACCAAGGAACGUGAUGGAAGCUUGUUUUAUGGGCUGGCCAAGUCCGGUACUAAACGUCAUGCUCUAACAACGAAGCAAGGUAACAAGAACUUCUACAAGGGUACCCGUUCCUCUGGUAUUGGUCGCCACACUCGUAAGAACGGAUAUAUCAUCCAGUGGAACAAAGUGCGUACCUUUGUUACGCCGAAGGUGUUCAACGAUGAGCUCAAGUGCUUUGUUAGCCCAAAUAGCGUGCAGAUCAAAAACGAGUUCAAAGGCUACACUGGACCAAUGGAUCCAAAGUUGUACAUGACCAAGCUUAGAGAGUACAUAUGGCAUGGCAAAGCAGAGACUGAAGAGAGCAGCUUAAAGAAGGGAUACAUUGAGAGAGGCUGA